AUGUCAUCGCAAGCGGCUGUCAAAGCAGAGGAUUUUGACUUCCCAUCAGACGAGCCCACUGUUGUUGGGCCUAACGAAUCAGAUAUUGCUACGACUCAGCAUGGUGAGCAAAUGAAUGCCGAGGCCCCUGGUCGAAGGCGGUUUGGUAACUAUCACCUGUGGAGCACGUCUGAUGGUCCGAAGAACGCAUCUUACAACAUCGAAGAUCCCAGAAAGACGUAUGCCCGCGCCCUAUCGAAAGCGAAAUCACGCCACACGGCAAGGCCGACCAAUAUCUUGAAGUCUGACUGGUCAUUGGCGAAGAAGCUGGCAAAUACAAGCCGACUGGGUUAUCGCGAAAUAAAGAACGACAAGCAGAACAAGCAGCCAGGGGAGUUUUGGACCGCACACAACGAUGAAGGCGACGCUGCCUUCUUUCACGACAAGAUGACAGAACCACUCUCAGACGAAACCAUGUCGAGCCUGGUUACCGAGCUCAAGAUCAAACUAAUGGCGAUGAUCAACACCAAGGCCCGAGCUAUCUUCACGUCAACGCAGGUGCAUGCCAACCACAUGACUUGCACCCCAGAAACUGCUUCAACUGUGCAUUGUGCCUUGUCCGAUGUCGACAUUCCGGGGAGUGAAGAUAGGAGGAACCAAUCUUCAUCACGUGCUCACGCCGAUGAGAUGACCGAGAAACAUGGGCUCGUUCUAUCGAAAUCCAUCGACGAUGUAAUAGCACAAUUCAACAAUGUGAUCGAUGUCAGCGCUCUCCGCGCCGGUUUGGAACAGCUGGCUUCAAUCCACGCAUGUUUACUCGCCAGUAACAAGGCAUCCCUUUCCCGGCAACUGGACUCCGCUAUAUUCGGCAUGAAGAAGGGGAUUCUCUGGCUGGAGCAGAUGGCUGAAUAG